AUGCCUUUCUUCAAAUCCAACCACAACGAGCCCAGCCCCACCCGAAGCAAGUCCACCUCCAAGGAAGACCAGUCCCCCACCAGGAAGAAAAGCAUCUUCUCUAGCUCGCACCACUCACCUCCUCCCCAGUCCACUACCACCACCUCCGGCGGCUCUGGCUUCUUUGGCAGGCGUCGCUCGAGCUCAUCCGUCUCCUCGACCCACAGCUCCAGGCGCAGCGGGUCGGGCUCAGGCCGUGGCUUCUUAGGCAUGGGCCGCAGCCACAAUAUUGCGGACGACCCCACUAUCAAGAACGCACGCCAGAAAGUCGCCGACGCUGAGAAUGCGGAGAAGGAGGCGGAUCGCGCCUUAGAGGCGGCGAGGCAGCGCGUCAAGCUCGCUCACGAGCAUGUCAAGAUGUUGGAGCGUGAAGCGCUCGAGGAUGCUAGACGCGCGAAAGCGAAACAAGCUGAAGCGAAGAUCGUCAGCAAGACUGCCAAAGGCCUUGGUCGACACGGGCACUGA